AUGUCGCCACGCCGGAGCUCCUCCGCCGGCCUGCUUCCUCCUCCCCACCGGCCUGCUCCCACGUCGCCCGUCGUCCCCAUCUUCCACCUCACGCCCCGCUGCCACUCCCCUACCGGCAAUGUGAGCCCCGCCGCCGCGCUCGUCUUCGCGCGAGCACCUCUCGCUCCUCCUCUCCCCUCUGCUCCAGUCACCGAAUCCGACCGUGUCGUCGUCCGCGCCGUGGCCCUAGUGCCGUCCCCGAUGGCCACCGGCCCCGCGCUGCUUCGCCCCCGCCGGCGCCCUCUGCGGCUGCUGCUGCCGCCCACGACCGCCACGCUCGUCGACAACCUUGGCCUCACUGCCGCACACCCGUGCCGACCACGCCCGAGGCGCUCGCGCCUACGGCCGCGCCCGCCGGACGGCGCCCACAUCCGCCCCGUUCCUGCGCCCCACCCCUUGCGCCGGCGACGCCGCCAUACCCACGGCCAACUCCGGCGCUGUGGCCGCCGUGCCUUGCUCCUGCCCCUCGCCCCGCCCUGUUGCGGUGGCCUUACCCCGCCGCGCGCCGGCGGCCUCGCCACGCCGUGGCUGGCGCGCCCCCUCUGCCUGUCGAUCUGGGCGCUCGCCCAGUCGGGCGCCGACGCCCACGCCCGCGUCCGCUAG